AUGUCAAAUAUUUCAUCAAGAAACCCUACAGAGGACAGCAGCACAGAGCCCCCAGAAACUAUAAACAGGUUUACAAGCUACGCUGAAGAAAUCAAAGAAGAAAUGCCUGAAAUUGACUCUGAAGAGGAAGAAGAAAUAGAGCUGGAAGACCCAAUUAAUGCAGUCGUUAAUAAUGAUGCUGAAACAGAGCUAGAAGAAACAGUAAAGCAACUUGCAAGCAUGCACCCAGAAACUCCUAUUGCAAGAGGCUCUCGAAAGUGGUAUGAGAAGGAGCCUAGCUGGAAAUGAAAAGGAAAACCACUAAAAAACCCAAUUUCUAAAGAAAAAAUCAGGAUUUGUGCGAUUACGUGGAAUAUGGAAGGUAGGCCGCCUCCUGAUGAUAUAAGCUCUUUGUUUCCUCCUGAUGUAAAGCACCACUUAUAUAUAGUUUGUGCAGAAGAAUGCAUGAGAUCUAUAGGACACUCACUAUUUAAGACGUCCAAAAAGGACUGGGAAACCAAAGUUUUAGCAGCUUUAGGCAGAGAAUACAGCUUAUUAGAAGCCUGCACGCUCACAGCACUGCAUUUAGCUAUAUAUGCCCAUGCUAGUGUAAAGCCACUGAUUUCUUUCCACGAGUCUGAUAAAAUUUCAACAGGAGUGGCCAAUGUGAUAGGAAACAAAGGAGGGGUCGGGAUUUCCUUCAAAAUUGGCUCCACAAAAGCAAUGGUCAUUGGUUGCCACUUAGCAGCUGGGCAUAAUGCAGUUACUAAAAGAAGUAAUGAUCUAGCUCGUAUAGAAAGAGAAUUAUCACUGCCUAGCUAUUGGCCAAAAUCAGGCUUGGCGACUGAUCGGACUGAUUUUGCGAUUAUUUUAGGGGACUUGAACUAUAGGAUUUUUGGGCCGAAAGACGCUAUUGAGUAUCUUAUAGAAGAAAAUGCAAUUGAGACGUUAAAAAAAUAUGACCAGCUUAGGCUUGAAAUAGAAGACAGAAAAAUUGCCCAGGAUUUUGAGGAAGGGGAAAUCAGGUUUCCCCCGACUUAUAGGUUUGACAAAGGCGAAAAUAGAUAUGACACUUCGAAAAAGCAGAGAAUUCCUGGGUGGACUGACAGGAUUUUAUAUAAGGACAGAAAAGGGCUUGCAAAGCAAAAAUCUUAUGAUUGUAUAAUGAGUGAAAAACACUCUGACCAUCGGCCUGUGUUCAGUCAGUUUGUGUUGAAGUUUAGGAAUGAUAUAGUGGGUCCGGUUAAUACAAGGACAAAUAAAGGUAGCUCGACUUGUGUAACAUUCUAG